AUGGGAAAGGUUCUUGGUGAGUUCCUAUAACUAAGUUUUUCAACGUUUUUUUCUCUGGUCAAAACACAAUAAUUCUUUCGAUCAGAGCGCAAAAAAGUUAAGAUCUUCAAACGAAAUGCGCAAAAAAGCUCUGUAUAUUGUGUUAUUGAACGUGACUCGUUAGUCCGAAAUUCACUAUUAUAAUAAAUAUUUUUGCGGUUUUCGAGAUGAGAAAUCAUUCAUGUUCAAAGUGAGCCCGCGAACUCAAAAUUUGCCGUCAAAGAGUUAUAAGGAUAACUGAAUUUUGGAGAUUCAGAGAUAGUUUUAGACUUCGCUAAAAUUACUUCGAGCGCGGCAUAAAGUUAAAAAAUCGUGUAAUUCAUCUUUUGAGCGGUCGCGAUUGCAAUAUUUUGUUUUCUGGCGCCAAUUCAAAAAUUAUCGCAUUAUUGGAACUCGUUUUUAGAAAAUACAUUUAUUUGUUUCUUAAAGACGUCUAAUCAACAAUUUUCAAGGAUGUUCGAUGUGAAUUAGUUGUUUCCGUAAAUAUAAAGUUUUGGAGACUUCAAGCUAUUCUUUUAAAUUCGUUAUAAUGCGCAAAAAUAACAGUUCGGUUUACCCGAAGAAUUUUAGAAGAUUCAUUAAGAUACGGAAUAUUUUAGCACACUGUUUUUUGUACAAUCUUUAUUUUAAAUUCAAUCUUCAGAGUUUUCAGAUGAAGCGAUUAUCAAUAAAUCGCUGGAGGGCCUCAGCACAGAUGAUAAAAUAAAGAACUUGACAAAGAAGCUUAUCGAGCUGGAUGGAAACAAUGCGAAACUCAAGGAGAGGACGACGAAUGUCCGUUUUUUACAGAUUUACUCGUUCAAAAAUGUCAAUUUUAGUUUGAAAAGCUGACCAAGGUCAAUGAUAUGCUUGAGAAGAAGUUGGAGAAGGCGAACCAGGUUGGUUUUCGAGAACUUUUGAUAACUUUUCAAUUCUUUUAAAAUUUAGGUUUUGUUGAGAACUGAGGAAUCGAAAAGUAAGCUGGAGGAGCUCUGUCGAGGGCUUCAGCGCUUGAAUCAGCAGGUAAUUUGAGAAACAAAAAAAAUAAUUAGGCCUGAUUGGCACUUUCCCUUUUCUUCAGUUUCAUCUGACCCCGAACUUAAUUCAAUCUACUGAAAAAUUAAAACGGUUUCAGAAGAAAAAUCGGGAAAGAAAUAGUAAGGUCAAGCUGCUGUGAAUUUAUUGAAGACAGAAGAAAAAUGAAGAGCGAUAAUUUCCUGUUUUGAGUAUUCAAGAAGAUAAUUUGAACACUUUUUUCAUUAUAUUUCCAAACUUUUUUUCGUGAUCAUCGAAAAAAAAAACGGUCAUUGCCGGAAGUUUUUGCAACUAAAAACCAGAAAAAUAGUUUUUUUGGGUCUUUUUGCGUCCGCCAUGGAUCUGUGUAUACAAAAAAAUGAUUAUUUGGUUUUUAGAGUUUUCGUCUUGUCAAAGUUGUGUCUGACAGAAAUUCCUGUAUGUAAAAGACUUAUCCAUGUUGGCUGCCUUCGGCCCCAAGUUCAGUUGUAAAUGAAGAAUUCUGUUGUAAAUUUUCCAUCUUUUAGAUCCGUGACGAAAGCAUGAACAAGAUGAAGAAACUGGAGACGGAACGACAAGAAGCCGUGGAACAUCUGCGGACGACGCUGAAGGACAUCGAGACGAGCAUGAACGCCGGGAAAGAACGGUCCGACGCGCUUGCCGAGGACAACCGCAAGCUCGCCGAGAAGCUGCAGGAGCUCGGUCGCGAGUACGAGGGCCGCGUCACCACCAUCGAGACCCAGGUUACAAGAUCGAAUUCUGAUUUUUCUAUGGCCGCGUUGAGACAUAACUUCAAAAAAAAAGUUCAACCCGUCUUUUUUCGAUUGCUUUUAUCCAGCUUUUUCUCCGAUCAAUCUCAGAAAAUCUCAUUAAAAUCCAUGUUUAACUGGCUAUAAGUCUUUAAUUAUAUCUCAGCUCAGUUUAGUCAAUUUUAAUUGGAAAACAAUCUAUAAAAUAGAAUUUCAGUACGAGAAGAAAGAAAAGUACUGGGAGGAGCUUUUGAAGACGCGUGACAUCGAGAUCAAGCUCGUCAAGACGAGACUCGAGGCUUCCAGCAUCAAUGUUCAGGUGUCGAAUUCACUCGAGAAGCUUGAUUAUCUUAGUGUUUGAACAGAAAUUGGGACUGGAGAAGGACGAACUGGCGAAAACUGUCUUGGAAGAAACUGCCCGUUUUGGAGGAGCCAUCGAAACGGAGAGAAUGCUCAGGGAACAGGUUCAGUUUCAACCUCAGCUUGAUGUUUCACUUCCAGUUCAGAAAGAGUUCAAAAGAAAAUUAUUUUCAGCUCAUGAGUAAAAAAAAACUCUUUGAAAUAAAGGAACUUGCAGUUUUCGAGUUAAACUUAUCACUUUAUAAGGGCAAGAAAUAUAUUUAUUGUUUGAUGAAGCUGCAAAAGAAAUUGGUUAGAAAAUUUGAAAUUAGUUUUGAACCUUUUCUAUCGCAAAAAAAUCUAGAACUUUGAAACGUCUAAAAAAAUUUGCCUUUUUUUGAAAGUCGUUUCCUACUUUUUUUCUUACAAAUAAUGAGAAGUUAAAGUAGAGAUUCUAGAAAACUUUAGAAAUCUUCUUUCUUAUAAUAAAACAACUAAGAAAGAACCAAGAAAGAAUUUCUCUUUUUGAAAGUGAGAAUUUUAAAGAAAUAUUCGAAAGUUAUGUACAAGAAAGCUAUUGUUUUACAAGUUCCCAGAUCAUUUUUAAAACUCCAAAUCAUUCAUUUUUUUUAAAUUCAGAAAUCUUUUUAGCGAUAAAUUUUUAACGCUUUUUAGGUGAAACAAUAUGCGGACAAGUAUGCCGAGUUGACAGAAAGUUUGAGCAAGAGCAACAGCGUUUUUGACAAAUUUAAGAAGGAGAUUGACCGAGUAAGCCUUUUUCGCGUUGAUGUUGUUCUUUUAUUUUUCGAAAUUACCAGAAAGAUGCGUUUUCAGGUAAACUCCAAUUGUAGAAAAGUUGAAUCGGACGUGAACAAAUGGAGACAAAAGUAUGAAGAAGCCAGCAGGUUUGAUGUUUCAUCUUUUAUUUCUGAAUUUUGACUCAAUUUUUCUUAUUUCAAGUUUGAAACUUUUCCUUGACUUUACCUUUUAGUCUCUUAUAAAAAAAGAGUUUUUUUAAGAGCCUUGAGUCAAAAAAAGGAAGAAAAAAAAUAAUGUUAGAUUUGCUUGUUUGAAAUGAGAACUGUGCUCAUCGAUUUUUUUAUUUCACUCGCAACCUAGGAUUUGAAAAGAACCUUCCGCAUGGACUUUUGUGGAAUAUCGUAUUUUGCAACUGGAAAAUACCGCUUGAAUCUAUCUAUUUUCAUAAUUUUAUAAUGAAUUUGGCCCUAUACAGCGGCUGGAUUCCACCCCAGCCUUUUGCGCGCGGAAAAGAAUUUGAAAAUGUAGCCAGAGAGAGCUGUAGCUGAUUCACGACUCACUUGAGCCAUCGAAAAAUGGGUCCUGACAUGUUCAAAAAAAAGAAGUAACGCCUUUUUGGUGGAGAGCUUAGACAAGCCACGCCUCUCUGCGUCGCAAUUUAGCCGUGAACCGACUACAGUACUGACUGUUUUUCAAGAUUUUUUGGGAAGGAGUUUGAAAAGAGAUGAAUUGCCAACAGAAAGAAAAUAUUUUCAUGGAAAAAUCAAAAAAAGAGACAUUUGAGAAACGUGUUGGUCCUCACGAUGGCGAACAAGGAGUUGGUGGAGAACUCGUCGGUGCAAGACAAGAAGUUGGAGAAACUGGAGUCGUUGUGCAGAGCUUUGAGCGCCCGGACGCCGGCCGCCGCGCCGACGCCCGCCGUCGAAAACUCUCAGUGA